AAACGCAACUUCCUCCACCAUGUCAAACAAUGGGGUCAGUCCAUCCUUGCUCCUGUAAGGAGGCUUCCGAACGAGAUUCUUCACGAAAUAUUCGCCGAUUGCAUGCUUGAUGAUACGUUUACUGUAGCCAAGGACUUUGGAAUGUCCCGGCAGCCUGCUUGGGUUUUGAGUAGUAUAUGUUCGAAAUGGAGGAAAAUAGCGUUAUCCUGCAAACCGCUCUGGUCAAACAUCUGUCUGGACUUCAAAGCGAACACUUCGUUCGUUUGUUUGACUGCGGUAUCCCCAACUAUCUCCCAGCUCUCUGCAGGAGGAUCUUUAUUCAAAACCGGAGCAGUGCUACUCCCAAAUCUGCAAGACUUGAUAAUACACUCGCGCUACAGAAGAAAUUUGCCUUCUUCUGAAACAGCUCCGUCGUCUAUUCUAGAUGAUACUGUGCUCGCGGAGAUGGUCAAGUCACGCUGGAUUCCAGACACGACAAUAAUGAACAACUCUUCCCGGACAAUAUUAGAGUCUCUGAGGGCGGAUGGACUUAAAUUCGUUGUUCAGGUAAAUCCGAAUGAAGUUGAGGAAACGAGUGGCAGCGAGACAGAUGCCGGUUUGCCGACACCCGUAGGCAAACCAUAGUCUUCGAACGGGCACAUGAUGCAGUACCCUCCUCCUCUUCAGGUACUGCAUCGCACUGAGUCGUCUUUCCGCUUCAACACCUGUUUCUUUGGUGGAUUUCGUACCUUGUCAUUCCAUACCUCUUCAGUAGUACUAGUGCCUCUCUCCAAUCAAAUGGCAAAUUGAAUAGACUUCGACCCAGCUAAAAUUCCUUGUC